AUGCGGUUCGGCCUCGACGACCACCCCGACAGCUCGAGCGACGACCCAGACUCGCCCCUCCCGCCCCUGCCCUCGUCCCGCUCGAGCCGCCCUGCGCCCACUCGCACCAAGCCCGCACACCCAUCACCGGCCACCUCCCCACGAGAGCCCUUCAACCCGACCCCGCUCCGCCUCGUGCGCCCGCCCUCGCUCAGGCACCCGCACCACCACCACCGCCCGCGCAGCCUCGCUCCUCCUUCGCCCGACUCGCCCACCAUCCUCGACUCGCUCGACAGCAGCAGCGACGACGACGGCGACAGCAGCGGCGACGACGACGACGACGACGACGACGACGACGACGACUCGGACUUGGACAGCGAGGAGGAGGCGUGGCCUGUCGGCCCCGUCAACAGCGUCGGCCCCGGUGGAUGGCGUAGGCGAGGCGCACCUUCGAGCGCACGCAAGGGCAAAGGCCGCGCCGCCGACUACCCGUCGUCGUCCGACCCGCCACGGGUCUUUGGCGCCCCGGACGACCUCGACGUGUGGGACGACAAGGCGCGCGCGUCUAGCUGGGCCCUCGCCAACCGCACCUUCCACCUCUCGCUCGCGCGCUCCAAGCACCUCUCGCCCGCGCUCCACCAGCACGCCUCGUCUUCUUCGCGCCGCUCCACCACCACCGCCACCGCCAACACCGCCUCCCCGUCCUCGUCGUCGUCCGCCGACCUCGACUCGAUCUCGGGCCUCCUGUCGCAGCUCGAGCUGCAGCACUCUCGCGACGCGGCCGCGCUCGUGCGCGGCUUCGAGCAGCGCAACGCGGCGCUGUGGGACGCCAUCGAGUCGAGCAUCCGCGCCGCCGAGGCCGAGGAGGGCGAGCGGCAGCGCGCCUUGGUCGAGGCGCGUGCGCGCGAGGAGGAGGCGCAGCGCCGCGCCAAGGAGAUGCGCGAGGCCGAGGAGCGGCGCGCCGAGGACGAGAGGAGGCGCAAGGAGGACGAGGACAAGCGCGCCGAGGAGGAGCGCGUCCGGCGCGACAAGGAGGACGAGGCGAACCGGGCCGCGAGGGCCGAGGAGGAGCGCAAGGCGGCCGCAAAGGCGAGCGCGCUCGGGCUCGCGACAGGCGACGCCGAGGGCUCGCCCGAGCACGAGUUCAAGCGGUGGACCGCCAAGAUGCAGCACAUCAAGCAGGCCGUGCUCCCCGUCGUGUCGCAGAACCCGGCGUGGCGCAAGGCGUGCUUCCAGGCCAAGCGCGCCAUCACGCCCAAGAUUGGCCAGCUCACGUCGUCGGCCCAGGCCAUCUCGCGCAUCACGGCCCAGCUCGACGACGUCCUGUCGUCGAUGCGCGCGCCACCCCCUGCCGGGCCGGGCGCGCCCGAGCCCUACACGUGGACGCUCAACCACCUCGCGAAAGCGCUCGUCAAGCAGGCAGAGACCGAGGUGACGGCCAAGCUCGGGACGGCGUACCCGCUCGCGAGGGUCGUCGUCGGCCUGCUCGUGCGCGGCCACACCGAGCUCGGCGACGUCCUCAUGGCGAGGCUCGUCAAGAAGUGCUUCUGGGUCACGGGCCACUUUCCGAGGAGGGCACCUGGCGACACGGACGAGGCGCACCAGAAGACGCUCGGGCACGCCCCGCCAACCUCGUCCGAGACGCUCGUCCAGUACGCCGAGCGCAUGUCCGGUCUCGUCGCCCUGUACGCCGCCAUCCUCCAGACGUCGCCCCUCUCGCCUCCUCAAGGCCCGCCCGCCUCACCCGACGCCCUGCGCAACGUCCCGCCCCAUUUCCGCCCCGCCGCCGGUUGGCGCUGGCUCGCGCUCGUCCUCCGUGCGCCCCUCGUCGCCCUCGAGCCGACCCCGCUCCUCGUCGUCACCUUUCUCGAGGUGGCCGGCGCUGCCCUCGUCGACGUGUACGGCGCCCAGAUGCGCAAGUUGCUCGACUGCCUGUUGCGCGAGGGCGUGCGCGACAACAAGGCGGGCUUCUCGGACAAGGCGAGGGGGAGCCAGGUCCGGCUCUUGCUGUGGCUCGAGGAGUGGGAGAAGACGGGCACGGCAGAGUGCGCAAAGGGGAGGGAGGUCGACCCGUAGCCGUCGCGCGAGCCGCAACUCUUUCGCCUUCUCUCUCGUGC